AUGAAACCUAUUAGACUGUGUGUAAGGAAUUUACCGCGUUGGGUCGAUGCAAAUUUUUUGCGGGAGAAGCUGGUGGUUCUUCUUUCUGAGAUAUUGAGGGCGCAUGCAGAGUCUCCUGCUGCUGCUGCUGCUGCUGCUGUUGCUGCUGCUGCAGCAGAACAGGUUGAGAUCGACCCCCAGCAGCAGCAGCAGCAGCAGCAGCAGCAGCAGCAGCAGAAACAGCAGCAGCAAAAGAAAUUCACAAACAAGGAGUGGAAGGCUAAAGCAGCAGCAGCAAUAACAAAAGUCGCUAUCAUCCGGGAGCAGCGGCAGCAGAAAAAAAACAACAAAACUUUUUCUUCUUCUCCUCGUCGUUCUUUGGGUUUUUGUUUUAUUGAUUUAAAUUGUGAAUUUUCACAAACGCUGCAGCUGCUGCAUGCAAUCAAAGACAGCCAAGGUUUCUUCUGCUCAACGCAGCAGCAGCAGCAGCAGCAGCAGCAGCAGCAGCAGCAACAGCAGCAGCAGCAUGACAGACGGCCCAUCGUCCAGUUCGCUCUUGAAGAUGCUCGCAAGGUUAAAAUUCGGAAGGAGAGAAUCGCAGCAUUUGCUGCACUGUUGAAGGGGCGUAAAGAAAAGGAGACAGAAGGAGAGACAGAAGAGACAGGAGACAAAGAAGGAAACAAAAAAAAAACAAAAAAAAAGAAAACAUACAGCAGAGGCCGGCGGCAGAGGGAGAAGAGGAGACAGCAGAAGCUUGCUGCAGCAGGAGGAGCAGCAGCAGCAGCAGGAACGGGUGGAAAUGAGCCGCUAAAACAGCAGCAGCAGCAGCAGCAGCAGCAGCAGCAACGGAGACAGAAGCUACAUCGGUAUUCAGAUAGAGAAACAGAAGAAGAAGCCCUUCGCCGCCGUAUCCAGCAGAUCCUAAACAGCGGUGUUUAG